UCCAUUGCAGGUGGCGUACAUCCUGAUCAUUUGACAACAUUCGCCGUAUUUUCGUACAGAAAACAAACAUGUAAUAUACAUCCUCACUGAGAGCUUUGUGCCCAUUAACGAAGCAGAGUAGUUUGUGGCCAGUGUAGGCGAUGUAUUGGAGAUAUUAAGGUCAACAGAAGGAAAAAAAAGAAACGGCUAAUUUGCUGGUGGAAAUACAUUUGUGCGUUUUCGUGUGCCGUCGAACAUCCAUUUCGCUUCGUCUGUGAAAAUGAGUAUGGACAUGUAGCAAAGGUAGAGUUUUCUGUAAAAUAUCGUCGACUUUUUCCAUGUUUAAUAGUGUGCUGUGUGCUCCGAGAGGGAACCGAGGUCGCACACCCUGCAGGCCCUUACGGUGUGUUUGCUUUCUACUAAACAUUAGCAGUGUUUUGGGGGAGGUUAACGUUAGUUUGCUAAAACAAGCCAGAGUAACGUUACGAUAAGAGUUUACACAGCACAGACGUAACGUUACAAUGAGUUUCUUUAGUUUUGGACAAAGUGCAGAAAUCGAUGUGGUCCUGAAUGACGCUGAAACGAGGAAGAAGGCUGAACACAAGACUGAAGAUGGAAAGAAAGACAAAUACUUUCUUUUCUAUGAUGGCGAAACUGUUAGUGGAAAGGUGAAUGUCACACUAAAGAACCCCGGGAAGAGGCUGGAGCACCAAGGGAUCAAAAUUGAAUUUGUUGGGCAGAUAGAGCUGUAUUACGACAGAGGAAACCACCAUGAGUUUGUGUCCCUGGUGAAAGAUCUUGCAAGACCGGGUGAAAUAACUCAGUCGCAGACCUUCGACUUUGAGUUCACUCAUGUUGAAAAACCUUAUGAGUCCUACACAGGCCAGAAUGUCAAGCUAAGAUAUUUUCUUCGAGCCACAGUGAUCAGAAGAUUAAAUGACAUCAGUAAAGAGAUGGACAUUGUGGUGCACACGUUGAGCACUUACCCAGAGCUCAACUCCUCCAUUAAAAUGGAAGUUGGAAUUGAGGAUUGUCUCCACAUUGAGUUUGAGUACAACAAAUCCAAGUACCAUCUGAAAGAUGUAAUUGUGGGAAAAAUCUAUUUUCUCCUGGUGAGGAUUAAGAUAAAGCACAUGGAGAUCGACAUCAUCAAACGCGAGACAACAGGCACCGGUCCAAGUGUAUACCAUGAAAAUGACACUAUCGCCAAGUACGAGAUCAUGGACGGUGCUCCUGUCAGGGGAGAGUCCAUUCCCAUCCGGUUAUUUCUGGCUGGUUAUGAUCUGACUCCCACCAUGCGAGACAUCAACAAGAAGUUCUCAGUGCGCUACUACCUAAACCUGGUGCUGAUCGAUGAGGAGGAGAGACGCUACUUCAAACAGCAGGAAAUCACACUGUGGAGGAAAGGGGACGUGGUGAGGAAGAGCAUGUCUCAUCAGGCCGCCAUCGCCUCUCAGAGGUUCGAGGGCUCGGCUGCUUCAGAGAGCGCGCUGGAGCAGGCUGCUAAGGAGGAGAGCGGGUAGAGCCGCAGCCCGUCCAAUCUCCUCUCAGAAAACUUCUCAGCGUCUGCGUUGGAGUGGUGGAGGUACCUGUCAACUGUACAACAUCUGGUGAAGCAGCUGUUUUUAUUGUAACCGCUGCUGGUAAAAGGGAGGAAGGGAGACCGACAUAUACAGUAUGUGAACAAUGAAACGGUUUGCAUGAGGCAUUCAAGGUGGCUUCAGGCUGCUGGUCUUUUCCCUUCAUCAUUAUUAAUAAUGUAUUUGUUUUCUUUCUUUCUGGAGAUCAAACUAACCACCCGUCGCGAUGUCUACUGUGUAAAAUCUUUCACGUGAAAUUGUUGAAUUUUUAAGCCCUCUGUUGGUUGCAUUCUAAUGCUUUUUGGGGAUAAAUUGAUUUCUAAUCUCUUAAUUAACGCAACUGAUCUAUCAUGAAUUUUCAACAAAAUGCAUCUCCAACAUUCCGCCUUUUAAUGAAUGCAUUCCUAACACUGUUAUAAGGUCAAGAUAUCUGAGAUAACUUUGCACUGCUGUGUCUUGCUCAACACAUUUUUCUCUUUGUGUGCAUUUGCACAACACUAGUGGAAACUGGAAUCUUUUUCCUUUUUGGAGCGAGACUUUGCUUAAGUAUUAUCCCACACCUUUUUUAAAACUUGUAAAUAAGACCAGCUAAAACCUUUAAUUCUGUUACAUGUUACAGCUUGUGUACGUUGAUCAUAAAGUACACAGUGCCACAAAAUUACCUUUCAUGUUCAUAUGCUUUACCUCAGCAUUCCAGCGGUGUUAGGAAAGGGUGUUGUAUUAAGGUCUGAUAGUAUGAAGUCUUCUGUAUCCUCUUUAUUAGAGACUUGAAAGUUGUGCCUAAGUGUAUCAAGCUAACAUAAUUUUAGUCUUUUAACCAGAGAAACGUUACAGUAGAACUAUAUCUUUUGCAAAAUGCUAAUCGAUUAUUCCCUAUCCCCCAAACUGAAAUAAAUUGAUGCCAAAUGAAACAAAAACCCGUCAGACUUGGUUGUAUUGCAGAAAAAAGUGAAAGUGUUUAACUUCCAUAUCAACAUUGUACUGUCAUACUAACACAAUGCUACAUACAGUACAUGGGCGAGUUGUGUUGUCAUUGAGCGUCAUUUAUUUAUUUUUUUUCAGAUUUUUGUUAUACAUAUGGAUCCUCAGACUGUCGAAGGGACCAAAUGGUUCCUGAAUCAAUUACAAAACUGCAAGCUUGUUCUGUAACAAUGAGUCUGCAGUAAUUUUUAAAGCAAAGUGCCAAAAAAUGCAGUAGUUUGGACAUCUUAAAUGUGAAUGUGGUUUUCUUAGUUCUCUAAGAUUUAACAUUGAAUCUAUUUUGGGUUUGGAUUGUUUAAAGAUAACACCCUGCUUUUCAUAUACCAGAGGAUUAAUAAAAAUAAUCAUUAGUUGUAGCCCUACAUCAGUGUAAUGUUACAAGUAUUAUAGAAAAACAAUCCACCAGUGCAUCUCAAACUCAGUUUGUAAAAUAGAGCAGCAGUCCCAAUUUUAAGCAUAGAUAAAACAGAAUAACUGUUCGCCUUGCCCUUGUACAACACCUGAAAACCUUGAAUUUGACACAGUCUGUACUGUACUUUUCGCCAUCACUUCCUGUCACGAAACCAACAAUAUCCUGAAUUGUAAUUAAAGUUGUGCAAGGUA